AUGGCCGACAACUCGAAUCCCACCCCGGGCCAGGAAAACCGUAGCGUCAAAAAGCAACUCAUUCUCAAUGCCUUUGUAAUGAAUACCCCCGGCCAUCUGGCCCCUGGCCUCUGGAAACACCCACGCAACAAGACAGACCAGUACAAGAAACUGUCUUUCUGGACCGAGCUCGCUCAGCUUCUGGACAAUGCCGGCUUUCACGCCAUGUUCAUCGCCGACACUCUCGGCCCGUACGACGUGUACAAGGGACCAGCAAACGUGGUCCCAGCCUUGGCUUCCGGCGCGCAGUUCCCCGUGAACGAUCCACUGUACCUAGUCCCGGCCAUGGCGCAGGCCACAAAGAACCUCAUCUUUGGCGUGACGGCGAGCUUGACCUACGAAAAGCCCUACGCGCUGGCGAGACGCCUUUCGACGGUGGACCACUUGAGCGAAGGACGACUGGCCUGGAACAUUGUCACCUCGUACUUGGACAGCGCGGCCCGAAACCACGGCUUGCACGAGCAGAUCCCACACGAUGAGCGUUACGCGAUUGCUCACGAGUAUCUCGAAGUUCUCUACAAGCUCUGGGAAGGCAGCUUCCGGGAUGAUGCGGUGCUGGCGGAUCGCGAGGCUGGCACGUACAUUGCCAGCGACGCAGUCAGGCAGAUUCUCCACAAGGGAAAGUACUUUGAUGUGCCUGGUCCGCAUUUCGUGGAGCCAUCGCCUCAGCGAACACCGUUCCUUUUCCAAGCGGGCGUAUCCGAAACUGGAAACGGCUUUGGUGGUAAGCACGGUGAGGCCAUCUUCAUCAGCGGGCAGACCAAGGAGGGCGUUCGAAAGACGGUAGACAACCUCCGCGGUAUCGCUGCCCGGGAGGGCAGAGAUCCCAAUCACAUCAAGAUCAUCCUCGGCAUCAACGUCAUCGUGGGAUCGACGGACGAGGCGGCCCAGGCGCAGAGGCAAGAGUAUCUGAAAUAUGCUGAUACCGAGGGUGCGCUGGCCUUGUUUGGCGGAUGGACGGGUAUCGAUCUAUCAGGCUAUCCCGACGACGAGGAUUUCUCCGUGGCCGAUUCUCCUCGCAUCCAGUCCAUCAUUCGACGUUGGUCAGAUACCGUCCCCGGCACGGACAACCUCCCUUGGACGAAGCGACGAAUUGUCGAGUAUCUCAGCAUCGGUGGUCUAGGCGCUAAGAUCGUCGGCAGUCCUACCACCGUUGCCGACGAAUUGGAGCGCUGGGUGGAAGCUACCGACGUUGACGGAUUCAAUCUGGCACAUGUCACCAAUCCUGGUACUUUUGAGGAUAUAAUCGAGUAUUUGCUUCCGGAAUUGCGCAGACGUGGGAUAUUCAGGUCCGGGGUUGAAAAGGAGGGAGCCACGGCGAGAGAAGUGUUCAUUGGUUCGAAAAGACUACCUGAAGACCACCCCGGAAGCAAAUACAAAUGGCGUGCGGGUGAGGCACGCCCGCCUUUCCUGCAACAAGAGGAAGCAAAGUAA